UUCCCUUGAGGGGCGGACUCAAGGUAAAGAGUCUGGAGCGGACCCUGGUAGUCAGAAGCACAUCCGGUGUCAGAAGAACUGUGUGGGCUCCUGAGAGCCGAGGCAGAAGAGCGGAGGCUGUGUCCCACAGACUCUAGCAUCAUGAACAUAUUUGAUCGGAAGAUCAACUUUGAUGCACUUUUAAAAUUUUCCCACAUAACCCCAUCGACACAGCAGCACCUGAAGAAGGUCUAUGCCAGUUUUGCCCUCUGUAUGUUUGUGGCGGCCGCGGGGGCCUAUGUCCACGUGGUCACCCGUUUCAUUCAGGCUGGCCUGCUCUCUGCCUUGGGCUCCCUGGGGUUGAUGAUUUGGCUGAUGGCGACACCUCAUAGCCAUGAAACUGAGCAAAAAAGACUGGGACUUCUUGCUGGAUUUGCUUUCCUUACAGGAGUUGGCCUGGGCCCUGCUCUGGACUUGUGCAUUGCCAUCAACCCCAGCAUCCUUCCCACUGCCUUCAUGGGCACAGCAAUGAUCUUCACCUGCUUCACCCUGAGUGCACUCUAUGCCAGGCGCCGUAGCUACCUCUUUCUGGGAGGUAUCUUGAUGUCGGCCAUGAGCCUGAUGCUCCUGUCUUCCCUGGCAAAUCUUUUCUUUGGAUCCGUUUGGCUUUUCCAGGCAAACCUGUAUGUGGGGCUGGUGGUCAUGUGUGGCUUUGUCCUUUUUGAUACUCAACUUAUUAUUGAAAAGGCUGAGAAUGGAGAUAAAGACUAUAUCUGGCACUGCGUUGAUCUCUUCUUAGAUUUCGUUACUCUCUUCAGAAAACUCAUGAUGAUCCUGGCUAUGAAUGAGAAGGACAAGAAGAAAGAGAAGAAGUGAAAUGACUGUCCAGCCUUCCCCAGUUUGACUUUCUCUCCCUCUGCUCCUCAUUUCCUCUUUGCACACAUUACAGGUGGCGUGUUCUAUGAUAAUGAAAGCAUCAGAAAAGCUUUUGUACUUUGUGGUUUUCUCUAUUUUGAAUUUUUGAUCAAAAAACUGAUUAGCAGACUAUAGUUUGGAGUUUGGCUUCAUACUCCUGGGUUCUCCCCCACUCCCUUUUCUGUCAGCCCCAUCCCUGGCCUCCUCUUCUGCUCAGGCAGCCAGUCUACCAGGAUGAGGAGCCAGAGCUGCAGAGGAAGCAAACUCCAGGAGUCCGCUUUCCGACUGAGCUUCACCAAGUGGACCUGAACUGUUUGGUAGAGCCACCCCGGCCCUUCCUUCCUCAGCAUUGUUUGGUUUGUGCGCAGUUCCUGUGGGACUGGGCGGUGUGUUUUCCAUUGGAAUGACGUUUGCUGGUCCCAUUGUUACUCGGGCUCAUUGUAUCUGAGCGAUCAACCCCGCAAAGAAAAUGAAAAGCCCCUUCUGGUGGACGCUUUGCUUCCUCUGAGCUGCCCAGGUCGCUGCUGGUCUGGCAAGCACACCUUUCUGCCUUGCUGUCACAAAAGGAGUGUGGAUUUGUGUGUGUUCCCUUUUCCCAUCCCUCGUCUGAGCCUCAGGGAAUCUGCCUGCUUCCCAUCCAUGGGGUGGGAGGAUUUCAGCACAAAGGGAAGACUGAUUCUUGUCAAGCAUUUAUGAAAAGGCUGAUUAUGUCUGGCAAGAUAAUGUAGAAUUCCCAAACUUCCCCUGGUCUUUAUUUUUUCCUUCUUGGUUAUCACCUUACUGAGUGGCCUCUACCAGGUGGCUAUGAUUAAGGGUCCCAGGAGAGGAAGGAUAGGGAAGGGGAGUGGUUGUGCCUCUGGGGGUGAUUGUAACUAAUCCUGCCAGACAAACUGAGAUAAGGACCUGUUUGUGGCAGGGGAGAACAAAAUCUCUAACUGAGUGGAUCUUUGUUCAGACCAACGGAACAGGGCUGUGAUGACUUAGCAGGCAGCAUUCUUAACAGUCUGUGCAUUUUUGUCUUACCCCACCUGGGCACUAAUAGGUAGUGUCAGGCCAGAGAUUCGGGGCAGUGGAUAAAUGUCCAUUGUACAGAUGCACUUUAGUUUUUGGUCUGUUCACCUGUUUCUAGAAAUUUGCAGCCUUCUUUCAGGCAUAGGCUAAGUGAUGAAACCUGCAAGACUUCUAAUUUCCUACAGCUUUGUGGUUGCAAGUGCAGGGGGGCAGCACUAAUGGGGACCCCCAGCUCCUUCCCCGUGGGCUGCCACAGUCAGCCGGCACAGCAGGGCAGGCAGCCUUGGGAGCUCACAGGGCUUAGUGUAAGGGGGGCUGAGCCAUCAAAAGCUCAUUGCUAGUGAGACACCAUUUUUGGCUUCCACUGUUCACAACCAGUACAGUUUGACCCGGUGGCUACUGGUUCAGUGCGCACCACAUCACUGCCAUCCCAUGAAGCAGUUUUCUUCCCAGGCUGUGUGGAUUCCUGGAGCGGCAUGCCACCCAGAAUGGCUUGCUUCUGCAGAGGAUGCUGCCCUCUGAUUUAGACGCUGUCUCCAGUGUGUGGCUUGAGAAUUUACUAAAAGGGAUUUCCUUCCUGCUAAACCCCCUAAAGCAACUCUCCAUAAAUUUGUUGAUUCUCUGCUAGGCCUGAGAGUCUGAGUUACAUCUCUUGAAGCCAAACUCCACCUCUUGUGCUUUUUUGCUUGGGAUAAAGGAGUUUUUCUUUAGAAACAGUGCCAAGAAUGACAAGAUAUAAAACUACUUUUAAAGAAAAUGCCUAAAAGGUUUUUAAUACAGUAAUCACUGUAAUUACCACUUUCUUUUUUAGUUCUUUGGUUUUCAGCUCAGGCUGCAUUCUCUAACUCAUACUGUGAAGACAAAGGUGUUUUUGAUUCAGAAAUAUAUGAAAUCUACAUAGUCUUAAUUUGUAAAAAAUAAAGAAAAUUCCUUAACCUUU